AUGGUGCUCGAAGUCAUCUACGUCGUCCGACACGGAUACCGCUCCAAUUGGGUCGUGAACCCCUCUACAGGCACCUACACGGCGACUGUCCGCUCGCCCACCGGCAUCCCCUCCGACCCCGCCCUCGCAAGCUAUGGCGUCCAGCAAGCGGAGCAGCUGGCCGAGAAGAUUGUUACCCUUGACCCGCCCGUCGAUGUCGUAUACUCGAGCCCCUUCUACCGAUGUCUGCAAACUCUGAAGCCCGCGCUCGAGCGGCUGGAGGAAGCACGGGGCAAGAGGCUGGACGUGAGGGUGGAGAACGGGCUUGGCGAAUUCUACGGCCUCGCCCGCUUCGACCACCCCUCCCCGGCUUCACUCAAAGUCCUCCACUCGCACUUCUCGACCCUGCUCCCAGAUUAUAAUCCCGUAAUCAUCCCCUCCACAAACGGCGAAUCGAUACCCAACCUCCACGACCGCAUCGCCUACGCGCUGCACCGCAUCAUCUCGACCCUCGACGCCGACCCCACCCAGCCACGCGCCCUGCUCAUCUGCACGCACGCCGCGAGCAUGAUAGCCAUCGGCCGCGCACUGACAGGACGCAUGCCCGAUGAUUUCAGCGAGGAGGAUUUCCGGUGCUUCACGUGUGCUUUGUCCAGGUUCCGGCGGCGGAGGAGGCCGGACGCGGAGGAGGUGGAGGAGGAUAUCGAGGCGUGGGAUCCACAGGUGCCGGAUAAGAUCCCCAGGGUGGAGUGGAGGGAGGAAAAGGGGGUCAAGGGCGGUUGGGAUUGUGAGGUUAAUGGGGACUGUAGCUUUCUGAGUGGAGGGGAGGAGAGGGGGUGGGCGUUUUCGGGGGAUGAGGCGUUCUUGAGGGAUCCGAAUGCGUUCAAUGAUGCGGCGAAUAUGGGGGGGCAGGUGGUUGCGGAGGGGGAUGGGGGGAUGGAUGCUGUGGAUACGAAUGAGUCUUUGAAGGGGUCAAGGUUGUAG